AUGAUAAAAUGGGCAAGGUCGGUUGCUAGGUUAAAAAUAAAAGGAAGGAGUGGCACACACAAAGGGUUUGGAAUAUCAACUGAAGAGCGGAAAUGGUUCGGAUCAAGUAGUAAAAACAGUGAAUAUGUAGGGAAAGUUAUAAACGAAAAUAAGUAUGAGCAUAUAAAGGAUUUGAAAAGUCAAGAAUUAAGAGUAUUGUCUGAAAAUUGUUGCGCCAAAAGAACACAAGAUGUUGUAAUAUGGAGUGAAAUAUCAAGAAAUGCUAUUGAAAAAUGUGAAGACUUUAAAUAUUUUGAUGCAUUAUUACUUCUGUCCUCUUUUGAAAAAAUGAAUAUUAUAGAUAAUAAUUUGUAUAAAACAUUUUCAGAUGUAUUUUUAAAACAAAUAAAUCAUUUGGAACCAAGACAUUUUAUUAUGUUAAUAAAUUUAUAUUGUAAAGCUAAUAUAUUUCCUCGUGUUUUAUUUGUUCAGGUUUUUCAUGCUAUUAUUAAAUACUCGUCUAAAUUAUAUCCAGAAGAAUAUGUUGAUUUGUUAUCAUGUUUUGCUGAUUUAAACAUAGUGAAUAAAGAUUUGAUUAAAACAUUAUGUAAAUCCAUUUCAAAAAAUGUAAAUCUCUUUGAUUAUGUAAACGUAUGUAGCAUUGUUGGUUGCUUACGACGUUUAGAAAUUCAUGAUGACGUAAUUUAUUACGUACUUGAUGAAAAACAACAGAAGGAACUAAAAUUAUUAACAGUUCAGGAGAUAUUUGAUAUUAUUAAAAAAAUAAAGUUCCUUAAAUAUAGUUGGGAAUUAUAUGAACAGGAUUUGAUUAAAGAAUUUUUAAAUCGUCUAAAUAAUUUCAAAGGAGAAAAAGACAUAAACCAGUUGGAUGAUCCAUUUAUUUGUUUAAAUUUUUUAGUAUCCAAAAAUUACAUAACCAACAAUUUUCUCUUAGCACUAAGCAAAUGGUGUGCUUCACAUGUGUAUGAAUAUCCCUCGAGAUCUUCUAAAAGACCCCUAGCUUAUCAGCUAAUUAAAUUAUACCAACUUAUGAAACAAAAGAAUGUUCAGAAUUAUGACUUCAUUGAAAAAGCCAUACACAGGUUUGUAAUCAGCCGUGGGGGGUUAGCUGUAAACAGAGAUAAAAUGAACAAACCUGUUUCUUAUCAAAAGGGUAGGAAGUAUAUCUACACUCAGGAUCCAAUCGAAGCACGUUCUGGAAUGCACAAUACAAUGAAAGCUGAAGUUAGAAAGGGCCUAGAGGUAUCUACAAAUAUGGCUAUAACAAAUGAUUACCAUCCCUUACAUGAUUCAGAAGAGCAGAACAUAUCUACAAACAUAGAGGAUGACAUACUUAAAAAAACACAAGAUGAGGAAGAAAAAUACCUACACAAGAACUUGAUGCAAAAAAGUAAUGAUAAUACAAUGCGACAUAAUAUACCAUUUGAUGAUUACAAUUAUGACCAUCAUCCAAAACAUAUGUCGAAAAAACAGAGAUCUAUUAAUUUGAGCUUGGAGAAAAAUACUGAAAAUAAAAAGUCUCCUACACACUCGAAUGGAAGGUAUUGUAACUUCAAACUGCGCCAAAGACCGAAGCGAACCAAAAAUAAAGCUGUCCCGGAUGGAAUAUAA